GCGUUCCUUGAAUUAUGUACACGAUAACAGAAUCGUCGAAUUUUCAUCUCAGCAGUGCCCAUUCUUUAACGCGACGCGUUAAUGAUUGUUGACCGAGAGUCUGACCCAUCGCCCUCUAUGUAACGUAGUUUCUAUGAAACGAAACCUUCGGUAAUUGUCACACGUUAAAAUACAAUUUGCGCUCGUUGGCUUUACUCGUGCGGAGUUGUAUAGUUCGAUCAACCUGCAGGAACUAUUGUCUGCACGUGAAAGAACCGACGAUGGGCAGCACGGAAAUAACGUCAGUUACGAAGAAAUCAAACGACACUAAUAACGAAGUUAAUGACGUGUACGGGCCGAAUUUGAAGAUUCUUCCGUGCAACAAUCAGGUGAAGGAACUGCAAACAAUAUUACGGGACAAAAAUACCACGAGGAGCGACUUUAAAUUUUACGCGGACCGACUGAUAAGGCUGGUUAUAGAAGAAAGCUUGAAUCAGCUUCCCUUCUCAAAAUGUGUAGUUACUACACCAACAGGAGCCAAAUAUAAUGGUUUGAAGUACCAAAAAGGAAAUUGCGGAGUAUCUAUAGUCAGAAGUGGAGAAGCAAUGGAACAGGGUUUAAGGGACUGUUGUCGUAGCAUAAGAAUUGGAAAAAUAUUAGUUGAAAGUGAUGUAGACACUCAUGAAGCUAGAGUUGUCUAUGCAAAGUUUCCAGAUGAUAUAUCUGAAAGAAAAGUAUUAUUAAUGUAUCCUAUAAUGAGUACUGGGAAUACUGUGAUAAAAGCAAUAGCUGUCUUAAAGGAGCAUCAUGUACUAGAAGAAAACAUAAUUUUAUCAAAUUUAUUUUGUACACCAAUUGCAGCCAAAUCUCUAGUCACAGCUUUUCCUAAGAUGAAGAUUUUAACAUCGGAGAUUCAUAGUGUAGCCCCAAAUCAUUUUGGACAGAAAUACUUUGGAUGUUCUCGUUUCAUCGCAGGAGAGACUGCAAACAUGCAAGGCAAAGAUAUUUGAAGAGUUUGUGUUACAUUCACAUGUGUACAACUUACAAUUAUAGUUGAGUUUCACUUCUUAUUUAUUGAAAAUACGAUGAAAAAAACUUAAAACGAAAAAAAA